GCGACCGAGGCCAGCCUGCCGGCUACCGGCCGCUGAUUCGUUACGACGAACGUCAUGUUUUCUUCCAUCGGCUUAUCACGGGAAGAACAGCCGGCGACGCGCAAGGCCCGCGCCCGCGAUAGCAGCCGCCGGUGAUAGAAGCCGGCCGUUGCCAUUUUGUGUUUCGGCGACGCUCUGCCGUUCGCAGACGACGGACGGCUGUUUCACUGUUUGGCGACUUCGCACGUGCACUCCGUUUUCACCAUGGAUCGUGGACCCAAUAAAAGAAGAAUCAAACCUCCCGAUAAUCCGGAAUUAUUGAUAGAUUUUUUUAGUGAAAGUUCAUCCGAUAGUGAUUUCCAUAUUGAAGAUCACUAUGUUAAUAGUGAAUCAGAUUCGGGAGAUUCAAGUUUCAUUAUUGCAGAUGAUUGUGGUAAUCAAGAAGAAACUAAAAAAGAUGAUGAAAACAAUAUUAGAUGUAAUAAUGGUAAUAUGACUACUGAUUGUACAGAUGUCUUCAUACCCAUUGAAGAUAAUUCUAUUAAGGUGAAUUUAAGUGAAAUAGUAGAUAGCAUUCGUAUUUGCAGUAUUUGCUUAGGUGAUGCCAGCGAUGAUGCGAAUGAAUUAAUAGAUUGUGAUGAAUGUGCUAUAUCAGUUCAUGAAAGUUGUUAUGGUGUUCAUGAUUCUGGAAGUGUAAAUUCAUCUAUUUCAUCAUGUUCUACGGAACCAUGGUUUUGUGAAGCUUGUAAAGCAGGAAUUGAAAAUCCUACUUGUGAAUUAUGUCCUAAUUUCGGUGGGAUAUUUAAGGAGACAGAUUGUGGUAAAUGGGUUCAUUUAGUAUGUGCUCUCUAUAUACCUGGUAUAUGUUUUGGUGAAGUUACAAGUCUCAGUAAACUUGAGUUGUUUAAAAAUACUACACCUCGAUGGGGAAAUAAAAGUUGUACAUUGUGUAAGGAUUUCAGAUUUAGUAGCACUGGAGUGACUAUUUCAUGUGAUGCUGGGAUGUGCCGAACUAGUUUUCAUGUUACAUGUGCUCAGCGAGAAGGUGGAUUAUCAGAUUCAACAGAUCCGGAAACUGACCAAACAGAUCCAUUUUAUGCUCAUUGCAAGUUGCAUGUAGACAAAAUAAUAGUAAAGAAAAGAAAAAGAAAUUGGGAAAUCCUUCAAUUAAGAACAAAGCAAAUGAAAUUAAAGCGUGAACAACAGUCUUCAGAAAAACCAUUGUCUUGGCAACGUAAUCAACGAUGGCUUAAAAAAUUACAAUCUAAGUAUGAACAGAUGAAAAAAAUCAGCAAACCACUAAUACCAGAAUCAACAUUAAAAUCAAAAGUUCCUCGGUCCAUUGCAACAUCAGCUUCAUCAUGUCGAGCACUUUGGUUAAAAGCAGACUUAAUGGGUAUAAAUAUGACGGCUCAAGAGACUAUUGAAGGACAAAUAAAGGAACUGCGUAAUGUAUCAAAAAAAUGGAAUAUACCGCCCGCGUUUAGUUUGGAAUUUGUAAGUUAUUUUACGGAUAGAAAUUUAAGGUUGGCAGAUUUGAAAAAGCAGCUAAAACAUUUUACUGAACAAAACAACAUACUCCGUGAUAAACAAAAAAUUGUGCAAGAAAAAUACAAUCAAGAUUCCAAAAAUAAUGAAAUUCUAAAAAAAAAACAUUUGGAACUUGAGAAUAUUAUUAAAGUAUACCAUAAUGUAAUUCAUUCAUGCAAUCCCAAUGCUAAUAUCUUAGAUGUAGAUAUACUUACUAGAGAAGUUCAAAACGAUCAUAAUUCUUUUAAUAGUGUGGCUGCAUUGGGUUUGUAUAAUAAAUGUGGUAUUUGUAGUCAAACAAAUGACCAACAUUUGCUGGCAAAAUGUGAUACAUGCUGCUUAUACUAUCAUUUGUGUUGUUUAACUCCACCACUGAGUAGAAUGCCCAUGAAAACAAAAUUAUAUGGAUGGCAAUGCAGUGAGUGUGAAAAUCCCAAUCCCAAUUCUAAACAACAAAAAGAAGAUCUAAAUGCUCCUAGAAGAUCAAGGUAUAGCGGAAAAGGGCAAUCUAUAUCAGGUAGCCAUAGAUCUUCAUAUAUUGCUAAUGAUUUACAGGAGUUCAAUUGUUCACCAAAACAGAAUGAUGCAUCAAAGAAAAAAAAACAUGUACAGCAGAAGGACAAAUGUUCUUCAGAAAUAAAAACAAAACGAGUUAAGUUUCACAAACGCAAACUUAAACGUCCUAGAGAUUAUUCAGAAUUGGUGCCAACUAAUAAUCAUUUAGCUAAUGAACCACCACAACAUGCAAUUAAGCUUUUUAUUAAAUCCAUACCAAGUGCUAGUGGGGUAAAGACAACAUCGUCACAAUUAGUCAUUGGGCCACAAGUAGAUAAUACACAUCAAACAUCUCCAACUAAACCAGAAAAGAGUGUUGCACCAAUCAGAAUCAAAAAGACAUUGACAGAUAUUAAAUUAACUCCUUUGUGCUAUACUUGUAAAAAAACUGGGACAACAGACGUAAUGGUUCAAUGUGAGGAUUGCAGUGACUAUUUUCAUUUUAGCUGUCUUGAUCCCCCAGUGAAAAAAACACCCAAAGUCUGUGGUUACUCGUGGCACUGUCAAGAAUGUGAUCCAACGGACAGUGACUACUAAUUACAAAAAUAUUUGGAAGCAAAAUUCUACCACAUCAAUGAACUUAAAUUAUUAUUUAUACUCAAAAUGGUUUAAUAAUUUUUACUUAUAUUUUAUUUUUAUAUUUUUUUUUAUCCCAUAGGAUUAAUAUUAUAUUGUAUUUUUUUUUAUUUAAAAUUAAUUAAGUUUAUAUAAUCUCUGUGUUACUAAUGUAACUACUACAUUGUAUUAUGUCAUUAAAUUUUAGAUUUUUCAAAUAAAAUAAAUUAAUAAAGUGUGAACUAUGAAUUGUGAUGUACUAUGUCUAGUUGA